CCUCCUCCACUACCCCUGUGUCUUCUCUCGCUCUCUCUCUCAUCAAAUUUUUAAAUUCCCAACCUCCGAACCAAUCAUCCCCUAAAGCCCUACUGCAAAGCUCUCUGCGAGUGCCUUUGGGGAUCUAACCACAUGAAUCUGAUUCCUCCCCUGUUCUGAGAAGGAGAUUGAUUACUCAUCACAUCAAUCAAUCGAGCUUAUGAGGCAGAAACCGUUGUUUAUUAUUGAGAAGUAGGGGAAUGGGUCGAUGUUCACCGGAGCUUCAUUGAUUGAGGUUAGAGCAGCCGGACUGUUGCCUUCCCAACAUUUGGCCUACGCACUGUGCAAUACUUAAAUGAAUUCUACGGCUUUGUUAGAAACCCAUUGGUCCAACAGUUAAACUAAUUAGAGAGGGGUGGGCCUUUUCUUUUUUGUCCCCCACCCCCCUCUUAAAGUGUAUCAUAGUUUAUUCAUUGAAUUAGAAUUUCAUUUAUCACUUGUCCUCAAUGGGAGACACCUUUGACAAUCAUGGUUUAAGAAAAAACUCCAAUGUGACGAGUGUCAUCACCAAUAAAAAGGUGUCUAAUGGCUGUAUGGUUGCCUCUAGCCCUAAGUCUUUCUCACAGAAAUCACCAAGACCAAUAAUUUCAAAAAAUCAUAAAAUAAUUGGAAGUGGUCCUGCUGGUGAGGCAGCAUUGUUUUUACUCAAGGUUGCUUUAUUAGAGAUAGUACGGAGGUUCUCAAGGAGAAGAUUUCCAUUUGUAUGGUGUGGUAUGCGAGCUUUGCAAGUUCUUUGCUAUCCACCAUUCAAAUGGAUCCAAAGAUGGGUUCCUUUCAAGGGAUUGGUGAAUAGCAUGCAGACAUUAUCGAGGCCAUUAUUAGUCCUUUCUAUUGCAACUGCAUUCUCUGAUCGAUCAGGCAGGAAUGUCACCUCAAUUCCUAUUGAUGAUUCUCAAGGCCUAAAUGAUUCUGAGGCAUCUUCAGAAUCACAUUCUGAGUUAUCUCCUGUGCAGUCCACUCUUGAUACAAGGAUUCUUGAUGAAGCUCCUCAAAGUCAAUCAUCUACAGAUUGGUUGCUUCAGCUUUAUGCAGAGCUGGAAAAUCAGGGCAUUGUUUUACCAGAAAGAAUUAACGAGGAUGAACUCCGGAGAUUUUAUAUUACUUCAAAUGGUGAUUUUUCAUGCUUGCUAUCAUCCGUUAUAAAGACAAUCCGUUGGAGAGAGACUUAUAACAUUCUUUCAGGACAAGAACUUGAGAUGUGGUCAAAUAUGGUCUUUUGGCAUGGAAUUGAUAUAAAGUACAGGCCCUGCCUUAUUGUACGCCUCGGACUAGCUUGCACCAGCUUGCCAUCUCAUGAAAUACCUCGCUUUGUUCAAGCUGUUGUAUCUCAGGUAGAGCACGGAAUUCUGCAUUUAGUUGACCCUGAAAAUUCUCGAAUUACUGUUAUAGUGGAUUGCAAAGGGUUGUCACCUCUGAGAGUUCCCAUGCAAUUAAUGAGAUCAUGUUCCGCUAUCUUUCAAGAUCAUUAUCCAAACCGUCUUGGCUUUUUGUUUGUUAUUCGGCUUCCUCCAAUUGUUCGUGUUAUUGCACAAACUUUUAUUAAAGUUUUGAAACCAGAAACCCAACAAAAGCUGAAAAUCCAAGGGGAGAAGUACCAGAAGCUUCUCACGGAGAACUUAAAGACACUUCCGGCAUAUCUUGGUGGCAAUUGCACAUGUACAAGAUGUUCAAACCUCAACAUCUCCAAAACUUGGCUACCUCGAAUCAACAAGGUGAAGAUCAACGGGACACAGAGAAAAGUGGAUAUUGUCCGCACUAAGGACGCGUCAUUGCCUCAUCUGAGUUAUCGAACUGAUAUCCGAAUGAAUGGCAACUGUGACCGGGUUUUCCAAACUAUUGUGGUAGGAAUCCUCAUAUUCUGGGUUCUGAUUGCUUUUGUUGCCGGAAUAUAUGAUCCGGAAAGCAGUCAGACUUUACCAUCCUGAGGUAAAAGGUGAACCAACCCUUUUUGUUUUCAUUUCCCUUUGGUUUUUCCUAUGAUUGUGUGUGCAUAUGUCAUACGAUUUUAGUUUGAUUGCAAUUGGUCUGUAAUAAUUUGCUUGUUAUAUGUGUGUGUGUUUUUUUUUUUUUUACGGUUUUUGAGCAUUUAGUUUUUUUUGUUUGACCUAGGAUAUUCCUAGUUUGUUUGUUGUUUU